GGUACACUUGGCGAUGACAUUCUAUUGUCAACCGCAUACAAGGACAUUUCCAUAUAAGAAGUUUCCACUACUGGAAUCGCCGUACCACAAUGACUGUGCUGACAGUUUCUCUAAAAGCAACUUGCCUUACCGAAUCUUGACAGUGACAUACCUCUCCUCUCCAUCUCAUACUCCGAACAUACAAAACUUCGAGGCUUUACCAAGGUCCAGAACUUCUGGCAUACGGAAUAUCAGGCUAUAUAUCGGCUUAUCUCCUUGAUAGCAUGGCCCCUUCAUCUCUCGAAAGACUGUGUACCAAUACAGCUAUCCGCAACCUCAACCGAAUCGACGAGAAAGGCCUCGGUGUAACGCCAUGGCGACUUCUCAAGCCAAUUUUGAAUAAAUGCGAAAAUCCUAAAAUGCUGGCUGAAUGGGAAAAGAACAGCCCUCAGAUCCGAGGCGAGACUGGUGAUAUCUGGCUCAAGUUUAUCAAACGUGACAUUCCAAACUGGCGUGAGAAGCUGCAUGCGCCUUCGAAUCCGGAGUUAUGGUCAGAGGUCUACCAAGAGCUAAAGAGAGAGGCCGACAUGGAAGAAAGUCAGGCCGGAAAAGUGCUCAUGGAUAAAAUGUCUAGAAUCAAGAGGGACGAAGCGGAGUGGAAGGUUGCUCCUCCAACUCAGGCAAUACCAGAAAAGAAGGGACGAAACAAAGGUAUCGCCAUGCAAUUCCAACGAGGCAGUGACAACAAUGGCUUGCGUUUCACGACGGGCUCUAAGACUAAGGACUUUAUGCAAUCCGUACGUCGACAAGCCGCAGAAAGCAAGCUACAAAAAUCCGGCGUGCUAGCAAGACCAACCAAAUUCCUGAGAGAUGACACUACAGCCAAGAAAAUCUUCCAUGCGCCGCAGCACAUGGUAGAGGACAAACAACGACAGGCAGAGUUGGCUCGUCACAACGCGCAGCGGAUUCUAAGAGUUUCAAAGCACGAGCCGGAAUUGGAGUCAAGGUCUACUCAUUUGUCACUGACGUCGCGUGCUGCUCGUGAUGUGAAGAUGAGAGAAGAGCGAUUAAAAGCUGUUCGUGACGGAAAAGUCAACCCCGGAUCACCGUUUUCGCCAACUUCAUAUCCCAGAAAGCCUGCUAGCGAAAAUGCUAAAGCAGCUCCAUUUGGAUUACGACUGCCAGUUUAUAGUAAAGGUUCUAGGAACGCACCCACAGCUCUUGAAAGACAAUCAGCAAGCCUCAAACAAAUGGGGUUUAACCCGAAGACGGUUUGGACAGACCCAGUGUCACGUGCAGCACUGACGAGGCAAAGCAAUCCAGGAGCUGUGCAAGGCUCUAGCGGCAUGACGGACAAUUUUCGUGCACCUAAGCUAGAUGCGACAUUUUUCACUCCGGACAAGAUGAGAAAUGAUCAUGACUCAACAAUUUUUACAGAUAGACAAUCGAUGUCAACAGGGAAGAACACACAUUUCAAGAACAAAGACGACGCAGCGUUAAAAUCUGGCUACCGACCUCAUGGGACGAAGAAAACUCUUAUACCAACCAAAACAGGUGCGUCCACCGCUCCGCUAGAAGAGGAAAAAGGACCUCCUAAAGUAUCUUUCUAUCCUGGUGAUAUGCAUGAAGGUCAAACAAGCGCACCACGAAUAGCGCCGCUAUCAGCUCCACUGGGGGUGAAGAGGAAGGCUGGCCCGACUAUCUUGCUUCCAGUGAAAAGGACGAAGCGUUGAAGGGAGAUGUAACAAAACAUGCGAAGAGUCUCCCUUGCCUUCUCGAAGGGGGACAUCUUAUACCAAACUUCUAAAAAAGGUGGAUCACUCCGGGGCCAAAAUUUUGGCCUUAUAAAUUCAUGUGUUUGAGACACUAUGCUAAAGACAUGAUGAUUUUUGAUGGUAACGAUCGUGCUUGAGUUGGAAUGGCAGCUUCGUAGUGAUGUCUGGUACAUUUAAAUGGCGAAGACAUGACAUGGUAUUCUUCACUGUAUGGUAAUUCAGCUAAAAUCUAUAUGUGGCAAACCUCCACGCAAAGCAGUCUGCUGCGCGGAUUUCAGAUUCAAUGUUCUGGGCCUGCCAUUGCAUGGUCAAAGCUUCAACGGAUAAUACUGACCACAAGGAGGGCUACAUGCGAAAAAGCAGACCAUCUUGAUCGAGGUUUUCUUCCAUAAGCAUGAAUCUACCCCAAUCAUUUCUCAUUCGUACUUGGGACUGAAUUUGUAUGUAUACAUUUCCAAUUUCCAUUUUGGGGUCAAUAGUUGAUAAAGUGAAGCUAUGGAAUAACAGCUUUGAGAGG